AGGAGCCGCGCUGGAGGUCCAGCCUUUGUGGCUGGAAAACAAGACCUCUCAGCCAGAACCAGGCGGUUACUGCUCUCCAGUGUAGCUUCAGUGGUUUGCAAGGUGAACGAUGGUUUUCACGGUUCGGGAUCAUCCUCGUCAGCGAAGUCUGUUUCGUUGCUUUGCUUGCUGGGUGAGGCGCAAGCCGACGAGGGUCUCUUCAUGGCUGCCUUCCGGACGCUUCAACGAGCGCAGGCCAUGGCACGUCAAAGCAAUCACAGCAGCGACCGUGCGGAAGCUGCGUUGCAGGGCUUGAGGGCGGCGGCCCUUCAGCGUUGGCAUUUUCAGAUGAUCAACGACGUGCCACGCGCUGAAGCAUAUGACCGUGCCAUCCAAGCUGCAGUCUCGACGCUCUCUCAAAGGCCAG